AUGCCAGAGGAAAAAGUACAUAUCUUGUACCUCGGAGGGAAGGAUCCCAGUGAAGAACUUUAUGGGUGGGACGAAGUACUGCACAUCCCUGAUCCCUUCUUCAACAAAGGAACCACAGGAGUUGUCAUCCAGGACUCUCUCUUCCUCCUGGGUGGGGAGAAAAGUCCCUGGGAAGCAGGCUGGCUGAACGUUAAAGUCAGCGGAAGGAGUGGAAAAUCGGGUGGGUCCCCCAAGUACGACGGUGGGGAGUCAACUCCCUCCUCCACACCUGAGAAUCGGCACGUGGAGGAGGAUGUGGGAGCUGAAGUCCAUGAGCUGUUAUUAGAUGCAGAGUGGGAGAAGAAAAUGAAGUUCCAGCUGGCAACGACAAUCUUGGCAACGAUGCUCUUCCUUGCAGCUUUGUGGCAGAGUGUUCAUGCCGACGGCUGCGAGGAAUCAUCUUGUGUUGCCAAGUGCCAACAGGGGAAGUGUGAAACGGGAGCGUGCUUGGGCGAGAAAGGCAGCGAAACAGCUCGAAAUGAAGUCGGCGAACCCAGAGGUCCAGGAACUAUCGACGCCACGAAGAACAAUCCUAAGACCUUUUUACAGGAAAGCCGGCGAGAAGGAGUGGAAAAUCGGGUGGGCCCCGAAGGAAGACGGUGGGGAAUCAGCUCCCUCCUCCAGACCUGA